AUGGCAUUUCUAUCCGGCUUUGUGAAGAGUGGUUUAUCACUUCUCGGAAAAGAUUCCGCUUCCUUCCCGUUUAGCGUUGGUGCCAAAGUCGACUGGUAUGAGGACCAAUCCAUCUGGUCCCUGCAUCACGGAACACGAAAAGACGACGGAUCGCCUGUAUCAGUAUUCACGUUCGACUGCACAAAAAACCGAGACAAGGUAGCGUUGGCACGCAAUGCUUUUAAACGUAUUCGAACUAUGCGUCAUCCCGAUCUGUUACGAUAUAUCGACGGUGCCGAGACAGAUCAAGCGAUCAUGUUUGUCACAGAUCCUAUCCAACCCUUAUCAAAUCAAUUAAAUCAAGAUCCAGACCCGAAUUUGACGCUGUGGGGACUAUAUAAAGUGGCAAACGCAUUGAAGUUUAUCAACAACGAUUGUGGGAUGGUGCAUGGCAACGUACGAGUAGCAUCGAUCUUUAUCAAUCAAGCAGGCGAAUGGAAACUCGGUGGAUUUGAGCUACUUUCAUCCAUGAAAGAAGAAAGCCCUAUGAUUCUGACAUUUGGUGGUUUAGCACCCGAAGCGCAGCGUUAUGCACCGCCUGAAGUCAAAAAAUCUGGAUGGACUGCUAUCAAAGAUUUGCCUACAGCAGCUAUCGAUUCAUAUCAUCUAGGAUGUCUUAUCUAUGAAGCAUACAACAACCGAUUUGACACUACGGAUCAACUGCUAACGCAGCGUGGUAAUAUUCCACCUGCCAUGCUGGAAAUCUACCGAGCGUUGCUUCGUGUAUCUCCCGCUGGUCGAGCUGACGCAGAUGCGUUUAUUGACGAAGGAUUGCAUAGCUUCUUCGCCCAAGAUUUUGUUCAGUUCAAUUUGUUCUUGGAAAAUAUCAGUAUCAAGGAGCAGAGCGAACGUGAAGGCUUCUUUAGUUCAAUCGAUACAUUCCCGAGCGAAUUUUCAAAGUACAAGAUUUUGCCUGAACUGGUCAAGGCUUUUGAGUUUGGAUCCGGUGGAGCAAAAUCAUUGGGUGCUAUCUUGAAGAUUGGUCAGCAUUUGGAUAACGAGGAGUACGAAAAAGUCAUUGUCGAUCCUAUUGUACGCAUGUUUGCUUCACCGGAUCGCGCUAUCCGUGUCAGUUUGCUCGAAAACGUGCCAAAGUUUAUUGAACAUAUACCCAACAAGGCUGUUAGCAAUCAGAUAUUCCCUCAUGUGGCGACAGGCUUCACAGAUACAGUUCCGAUAAUCCGAGAACAGACUAUCAAAUCCAUUCUCUAUAUUGUUCCCAAGCUGAAUGACAGAAUCAUCAACUAUGAUCUGCUGAAAUACUUGGCAAAAUUACAAGUGGAUGAAGAGCCUGGUAUUAGAACAAAUACAACGAUUUGUUUAGGCAAGAUUGCAAAACAUUUGAAUGACGGAACUCGCAAAAAGGUUCUCGUUCCGGCAUUUACUAGAGGCCUUCGGGAUGGCUUCCACCAUGCUCGAAUAGCUGCUCUUAUGGCACUAAUGGCCACAUCCGAUUAUUUUGAUGUCCAAGAAUGCUCCAGCAGAAUUGUACCUUGUAUAUCCCAAGUAUUGAUUGAUAAAGAAAAGACUGUACGCGUGCAAGCGUUUAAAGCAAUUAACGUAUUUAUCACUCGUCUGCAAGAACAUGCAGACAAAAUGCCGGAGACCGCAUUGGAGCCUGUUUCUGCAACGACAUCGCCUACGCCUAGUACCGAAGCGAGUGCACAAGCGGCUGGUGUAUCGAUGACUGGUGUUUUUGGUGAAGCAACUAAAGGUUUAGCCGGCUGGGCCGUGUCAUCCCUUAAUGCUCGACUUUCUACACCUAGUGGAGAGAUCAACAGCAAUCCCAUGGCCGCUAGUAACAAUCAGCAACCACAACAGCAACAAGAAUAUCGACCCUCAUCGGCACCUAUCUCUGACUCCUUUGCAGCUGCAAAGCCAGCAUCGAACCGUCUAAACCUAGCACCUGUAGACAUGGAUGAUACCAACGGCUGGGAUAAUGGUGGUGGAAAUGACGGUGGUCUAAUUGGGUUUGAAGAGAACGAUGGAUGGGAACCAUUCGAUGCACCGUCGACAGCCGAACCGGAGCCGAUUACAGCCAUUGUACCACCUUCAACAGGCAGUGCGCGUGCAGCUGUAUCGACAUUCGGAUCCGCGACGUCGUCCCAGCCAACCAACUCUGCUACCAGGGCUCCCAUGAAAUUAGGUCAAACCAAACCCAAACCAUUAGCAUUCGUUGCUGACGAAGAAGAAGAGACUGGUGGUGGUGGUGGUUUUACAAAUUCUCCCCCAACGACAGCUCCUGCUAUGUCAAAAGAAGAAAAGCGGGCGGAAAUGGAACGAAGAAGAGAAGAAAGGCGGCAGCGCAUGGCCGAAUUACGUGAAAAGAAAAAGGGCGGCAUUGGCGCUAAAAAGAUUUAA